AUUCUGGCCCUCCUUCUGUCACUUUAGCUGUUGGACAAUGACUGAAUCAGAGCUGAGGCGUACACGACAUAGACAUAAAAAGGGGCUUAUUUCAAUUUAUGCCACUACCAACCUUAUGACAAGAAAGAUGGAAGCAAGCAGGACAUGACAACUGUGACUUUGACAACUGUGACAGCAAAUGUGAAUGGAAGGUUUAUUUUUGUCCCUUAUGUAGAAGUUAAAGUGACCUGAAGGUGUGCUGAGUGAGGACCAAAGACAAGAAGCAAAAGCUUUCCACAAGAGGCAAACAGCAGAAAGCAGCUACUGGAGACAGACACAAGAAAAACCUCAAGACAACACACAGCGUCCAAAUAAAGAGUAAAGAUAUGUAUAAGCUUCUCACAGAAGAUAAGGAUAUAAUUUUUGGACAAAAAACUAGAAAAGACCUCUUUCAUAACAGUUGACAGUCAUGGAUAUUCUUGGAGGUGCACCUCGUGUUUUGGGCUAUCCUCGCCCUGUUGUGGUACAGUUUGGGGCAGAUGCAACCCUAAGGUGCCAAAUUGGUGGAGACCCUCAUCCAGAUGUGAUCUGGGAACGUAAAAACAUUCAAAUUCUGUCUGAGGGGCGGUACAAGAUCUCAGAGGAGGGAAAAGCAUACUUGUUGACCAUUACUGGAGUUACCCAACAAGAUGCUGGUCAAUACAUCUGCAAGGCUAGAAACAGCGUAGGAGAAACCUAUGCAGCAGCCUCACUCAAAGUGGAAGGAGAGCUUCUUGACAAUAAUGGAGAAUCGAUACAAUCAAACAGUAAUAACAUAAAGGAAAAUGGGGACUUUGGGGAAACCCUAAAUGGCUACAACGUGGUGCAGAAAGAGAGGGAAAUGAAUGGAGACUACAAGUGGAGGAAUCAAGCAAAUGAUCAACGGAAAGAGAUUGAUUUAACAUCAAACGAUAAACCAAGAUUCCUCAUCAAGCCUUUGUCCCUGCGUGUGGAUCGUGGAGAAGAUGCUGCCUUCUCAUGUAAAAUCUGGGGCACACCUUUGCCUGAGGUGACUUGGGAGAAAGACGGGAAGAAGCUCAAUGAUAUCUUUGAGAAUUCUCACUUCAAUGUGAGCAUUCAAGACGGGGGCUGGUUUCAGCUCAAGAUCUACAGAACGCGCAUGCUGGACAAAGGCGUCUACACCUGCAAGGCCGUGAACUCCUACGGCGAGGCCUUGGCGGGAGCUGUCCUUCUUGUCGAGCCCAUUCCAGAGCGAGAAGACAGUAAAACGUCAUCAAACUGUCAUGUCGGCAGCCAGAGGUCACCCAAGCAAAGAGGCGGGCGGUUCAGUUUGUCAAAGCUCGCCGAGGAGCCGCCCAUCAACCCAUCUAAAGUCAAAAAGUUUGUAGUGACAGAGGGGAAGCAUGCCAAGUUUCGGUGCUUUGUAACAGGCAAGCCCAAACCAGAGAUCAUCUGGAAGAAAGACGGGCUUCCUUUGGAACCCGACAGACGUCACUUGGUAUUUGAGGAUCGGGAAGGCUACUACACGCUGAAGGUUCUCUACUGUAAAAUGCAGGAUACAGGAUUAUAUGUAUGUGCCGCAUCGAACUCUCUGGGAAACACCCUGAGUGCUGUUCACCUGACUGUGAAAGGGCCUGUAGUGCGGUUUAGACGGCCAUUAAAAGACGUGGAGGCAAAGGAGAGAGAUGUCGCUGUGCUGGAGUGUGAGGUGCCUGAUGAGACGAUCCUAGCAGCCUGGUACCUGGAGGACCAGAGGUUGAUGCCUAGCAGUAAAUAUGGGAUAGAACAGAAAGGAACCAGGCGAAGACUCACCAUCCAUGAUCUUGGAAUGGAUGACGAUGGGGUUUAUCUUUGUGAGAUGCCAGAUGGAGCAAAGAGCAUUGCCGAGCUAGCAGUAAAAGGCACAAUUGUUCGAAAACUACCUCGGAAACUGGAUGUGCUGGAAGGUGAGAACGCAGUGUUCUGCGUCGAGGUUGAGAAUGACGAAAUGGAGGUCCACUGGUUCAAAGAUGGUCUGAUGCUACACGAGACACACCAGACCAUCCUCAAGGCUUUUGGCAAGACCCACAUCCUGGUUUUUGUCAACGUGGCCUAUCAUGAUUCGGGGGUUGUGACGUUUGUUGCAGGAACAUCUAAAAGCUCAUCACGACUCAAAGUCAAAGCAACCAGACACAGUCCGCCAAUCUGUCCUGUGGGCAUCAAAAUGGACAUAGACCAACCCAACAGUGCUCUCUUCUCCUGGGUGCCUGCACCCAACAGCCAAACUACCACCCGCUCCAUGUUUGUCCUCGAGAGAAAGGAGGUUGGUUCUCAGGAGUGGCAGAAAUGCUUCACCUCAGAGACUGUCACCUCCGCUGAAGUUUCCGGUGACAGUGUUCCAUGUGAAGGCGACUACCGUUUUCGUGUGUGCUGCAUCAAUAAGUACGGACGCAGUGGCCAUGUGGAGUUUCCCAAAGUAGUCCAUCUUGUCCCAGGGCCCAAGAUUCAUAAACAUCUCCAAGGGUGUGAGGUGAUGGAAGGAGAGGAUGCUCAAUUCUCUAUCGAACUGUCCGCACCAAUGGUUGGAACCUGGUUUCUGAACAGCUCCCAGCUGCAGCAUGGUGGAAGAUAUUCAGUGCAGCUGAACCAAACAAAGCAGUCUUUGGUGAUCCAUGAAGUCGGUACCGCUGAUGACACAGCAGAAAUCACAUUCAUCGCCAAUGGAGUAAGGGAUUCAGCGGUGCUCAAGGUUAAACCUGCUGUGUUCAAGUUCAUCCCUCUGUCAGACCUGGAAAGCAGUAAGAGAGUGGAAACCGGUGACACCAUUGUGCUCUACUGUGAGGUCACCCAUCCUUUUGCUAAGGUAACCUGGUUUAAAAAUGGUGAGAAACUCCAAGUGAGCGAUGGGCUAAACAUCCAAUCAGACGGGAAGAUGAGAAGGAUUGUGAUACAGUCUGCUGAAGCAUCUCACACUGGAGUUUACACAUGUCAAAAUUCAGAGGAUGUCAUCAAAUUCAACGUGGACGUUGAAGGACCUCCAGUAGAGUUCAGUCCAGCCUCUCAGGAAGAACUUCAUAAGAACAGCAUGGAAUUAGAUCCUGUGGUUCUGCUUUGCCACGUCUCCAGAGAUGACGCUGAAGCUGCUUGGUAUAAGGAUGGGUGUGAGAUUCGGGCUAGUGACAACAUUACCCUGCAGGAGGAGGGUACCAUGAGGAGGCUAAUCAUCCGAUCUGCAGAGGCUUCAGAUGCUGGACAUUACACUUGCAAGUCUGGGAACAGCAGCUUAGAAUUUACAGUCAGUGUCAGAGAGCCUCCAGUGACAAUUGUUGAACCUAAAGAUGACAUUGUGAUGACAUGUUACAUAUCAGAGGAAAUCAACUUGCAGUGUGAGUUAUCUCGGUCCAACGGGAAGGUCUGUUGGUUUAAGGAUGGUCAGGAGGUGCAGGAAAGUGACAACAUCCAGCUAAGAUUGGAGGGUCCUUACAGGAGGCUGACCAUUCUCUGUGGCUCAGCGGUGGAUAGUGGAGAGUAUGUCUGUGAAACAGAUGGAGACUCUGUCUUCUUCCAGAUAACUGUCACAGAGCCUCCUGUAAGGAUCCUCUCUCCUUGUGAACCCGAGGUGGAACUCACCCAUGUUGCACCAGAGAGACUGGAACUGUGCUGUGAAGUGUCCCAGGCGGAUGCUCCAGUUCGAUGGUACAAAGAUAGUUUAGAAGUAGAGGAGAGCCCCAACUUGAUACUGGAAGUAGAUGGGGCCCAACGACGGCUAGUUAUACCUUUAACAACUGUCAGUGAUAUAGGAGAGUAUAUAUGUGACACUGAAAAUGACUCAGUUGCCUUUCUUGUUAAUAUCACAGAGCAACCUGUGAUGCUAAGUCGACCCAAAAACUUGCCAGACAAACUGGAAAGUCUUGCUGGUAAACCAAUCAUUCUGGAAGUUGAGGUGUCACGUCUAACAGCAGAUGUCAAGUGGCUACUCAAUGACAAAGAAAUAGAGCAAAGUAGUAAUAUCAUAAUCACAGAAGAUGGGAUCUUUCGUCAUUUGACCAUCAACUCUCCCACUCCAAACAAUUCUGGGAAAUACACUUGUGAUGCUAAAGAUGAUAAAAUUGAUUUCCAGGUGAAAGUUUCAGAGCCGCCUGUGAAGAUCUUGAGAAAGUGUGAGACCAAGACAGAUCUAAAGUUUCUAGUUUCAGAUGACAUUGUUCUUGAGUGCGAGCUCUCUCAAGCUAAUGGAAACAGCAAAUGGUACAAGGAUGGCCGUCGAGUUCAGGGUGAUGAAAGGUUCUGUGAAGAGGAGGAAGGUGCAUUCCGGUCGCUGGUAAUCCUUAAUGCAGAACUCAAAGAUUCAGGGGAAUAUUUCCUAGACAUUGGGGAUGACAGUAUCAGCUUCCACGUUAAAGUAGAAGAGCCUCCUGUAAGCAUUGUAGGAAACUCAUACGACCAUAAUUACCAGGAAUUGAUGGGAGGUGAUGACCUGAUACUGGCCUGUGAGUUGUCCCGUGCUAAUGCCCCAGUUCAGUGGUACUGUAAUGACAGACUUCUCACCAGUGAUUCCCGUACCAUCAUUGAAUGCUAUGGAAGUCUGAGAAAACUUGUUAUUUCAAACAUCCAGCCCUCGGAUUCUGGAAAGUAUGUGUGUGAUGCAGUGAAUGACAAGAUGGUCAACAUAAUCCGUGUUCAAGAACCUCCGGUUACUUUUGUCAACAAGGAAGAUGAUGUGGUUGUGACAGGUUACGAAGCUGAGAGUGUGACCUUAAUGAGCUAUGUGUCCAAAGAAAGUGUGGUUGUACGCUGGCUUAAAGACUGGACACCAGUUGAAGGUGAACGCUUUCGAGAACUAAUGGACGGCCAUAAACGGAGUCUUACCAUCCAACCAUUAAGGCGGUCUGAUGCUGGCGAAUACACCUGUGAUGUCAACACUGACCAGAUGCACUUCAGUCUACUAGUGAAAGAAAUGAGGAUAAAAUUUUUGCGACCACUCCAUGACACCAUGGCUCAUGCUGACGGGAUGGUGACACUGCGCUGUGAGGUGUGCAAACCAAAAGCAGAUGUCCAAUGGCUUAAGAAUGGCAUAGAAGUAGUUGGAAACAGGAGAUUCUCCAUUCGAGCAGAUGGUGUUGAGAGAAGCUUGACCAUCCAUCGUUUAACUCAUGAGGAUGCAGGGCAGUAUGCCUGUGAAUCCAGAGAUGAUCGGACCACCGCAAUGCUAAGAGUGGAGAUGCCUCGAGUUGUUGAGUUUCUCACCGAACUUCACAGCACAACUGUGCUAGAAGGAGAAGAUGCCACCUUUAAAUGUGUCGUUUCUCCUGAGGAUGUUUCCUUGCUUUGGCUAAUGGACAACGAGCCAAUGACUGUAGGGGAUCGCUUCCAAGUGAGUCAAAAUGGAUUGUGCCACACCUUGGUGAUUAAAAAGUGCCAGAUGAUAGACUGCUCCAGGAUAACAGCAGAAGCUGAAGGAAAAAUGAGCAAAGCUAGUCUCAAAGUUCAGGAAGCUCAAGUCAUGUUCACCAAGAAAAUGGAAUCUGUGACAGCAGAGGAGUUUGAAGAGGCUACCCUAGAGACAGAAAUCAGCCUGGAGACUGGUGAGGUUCAGUGGAUGAGGCAAGGGGUGGUCAUCCAGUCUGGUCCUCAUCAUACCCUGGCCCAGGAUGGCUGUAAAAKAAGCCUAACUAUCCACAACCUGAACCUGUCAGACCGAGGAACAUACCGCUGUGAGACCCUGCAUGAUCGGACACAGGUCAAACUCAAUGUGGAACCCCGAAAGAUCUCCAUCUGUAAAGGCCUAACGGAUCAAGAAACGUUUGAACGGGAAACUGCCUCCUUUGAGGUGGAGCUCUCCCAUGUGGAUGUGGAAGGCAUCUGGCAGAAAGAUGGCAUCCGCGUAAAGCCAAACAACCAAUUUAGAGUGAGCAUCAAUGGGCUUGUCCAUAGUCUUACCCUGACAAACUUAACUCUGGAGGACACGGGCAACAUCGUCUUCUCGGCUGAAGGAGUGCGAUCGACUGCAAGGCUCACAGUUAAAGAGACACCUGUGGCUAUCCUGAAACCACUGGUUGAUGUUCGCGUGGAAGAAGAAUUUCCAGUCACUCUUGAGUGUGAAUUUUCCAGACAAAAUGUUGAAGUCAGAUGGCUUAAGAAAGGAAACGAGCUGAAGCCAGGGAAGAACCAUCGAAUCUAUUCCAUGGGUCGAAAGCGGUUCUGCCAGAUCCUUCAAUGCUCUGUUGCUGACUCUGGUUCCUAUACAUGUGACACAGGCGAAAUAAGCACCUUCUGCUCUUUGGAAGUUUGUGAGCACAAGUUGGAGAUAGUACAGGAUCUUGAGGACCUUUACAUCCAGGAAGACCAAAAUGCUGUGUUUAUGUGCGAGGUCUCUCUGGAGGAUGUGGCUGGGGAGUGGUACAAGAAUGGUCACAAGAUCAGACCCAGUACCACCACAAAGAUCCGUACAGAAGGGCCCAAACACUUUCUGUUGAUAUGCAACGUUAAAGCUGAGGAUGCUGGAGAUAUCCGAUUUGUAGCAAGGGAUGUCGAGUCAACAGCCUACCUUGAGGUAGAAGAGCUCCCAGUUUCCAUUGUAAAACCACUGCGAGACAGAACAGCCCUGGAGAACCACCGAGUGAUCCUUGAAUGCACUGUUUCUUCCCCUCGCUGCAGUGCAACCUGGUACAAAGGCAAACAGGAACUAGAUUCUUCAGAUAGGAUGGAGAUUAUAACAGAAGACUGUUCCCAUAAACUAGUAAUCCACCAGGUUACUGUGGAGGAUGAGGGAACUUACAGUAUUGAGGUUGGAGAGCAUACAUCCAAAGCAAAACUGAUGGUUGAAGCCAAGGCUCUUGUGAUGGUGAAAGAACUUGAGAAUCUCCAGGUGACAGAGCCAGAGUCAGCUUCUUUCCAAUGUGAAGUCUCUAUUGACAUCAACAAACCUCCAGUUUGGUCUUUAAAUGGAGUGACCCUUCAAUCAUGCCCUGCUGUCCGUCUGGAAGACCACGGGACAGUCCACAAGCUCACUCUGACGGACACAAGCGUGGACAUGAGUGGGACAGUCAAGUUCACAUUGGGCAAAGCCAAAAGCAGUGCCAUGUUUACUGUGAUUGGAAAGUAGAAGGACUACAAAGUAUCUCUUGAAAGCAGAAAACAAACAGGAAUCGAACUAACCCUGCAUAACUGGAUGGCCCUCACUUAUUCCAUCUGUUUUUAUCAAAUGGUGAGAGGCUAGACAGAAUGGACAAUUAUGUCAGUAAUUAUACCAUUUUUUUAAAUAUAAUAUGGUAACACUUUAUUUGAAGGGGGUGAAUAAGACUGUCAUGACACUGUCAUAAAC